UAAUGUUUAAAUUCCAAUAAUCAUUCAUCAUCUCCACAAAAUCUUAAUCAAUCAAAAACCCUCUACCAUAUAUUAACCUUAAUUUUAUCUAUCUCAAAAAAUUCCCCAAAAAAUAAAAACAAAAUGAAGGACACCAUAAUUUUAUAUCCUGCCAUGGGAAGAGGACACCUAGUCCCUAUGGUAGAACUAGGUAAGUUCAUAUCAACUCACCACCACAAUACUCUCUCCAUUAAAAUCUUUCUCCUCUCCUCACCAAAUAUUACCACCAAAAAUUACAUCACGGCGGUCAUCGCCACCACACCUUCCAUCAAAUUCCACCACCUCUCACCUUCUCAAAACUUGCUCACCACCCUCCAAUCUUUCAUUUCACAAUCGUCCAAACCUAAAGCCUUCAUCUUAGACUUCUUCAACCACUCUGCUAUUGCGGUUACAGCCACUCUCAAUAUCCCAACUUUUUGUUAUUUCCCCAACGCGGCUAGCACCGUCGCGCUUUUCCUCUACACUCCAACAAUCCACCACAAUACGACCAAUGAAAACACCUCGAUCUACAACGACGUGCUUCGCAAUAUUCCCGGCUUGCCACCCCUUUCACCGGAGGACAUGCCAGAACCAAUGGUCGAUCGUCGGAGCCAAAGCUACAAGUCCUUUGUCAACAUGUCAAUUCAAAUGAGAAAAAUUGAUGGGUUAAUCGUUAACUCAUUUGAGAAACUUGAAACCAAAGCUUUCAUGGCAUUGAAGAAUGGAGUUUGUUUAAUGGAAGAAAAAAGUCCACGUGUCUUUUGCAUUGGGCCAUUAGUGGAAAAGAGUAAGGGAGAUAAUAGUGUUGUUGAUGAUGGAUGUUUGAGUUGGCUCAACUUGCAACCAAGUCAAAGCGUUGUGUUUUUGAGCUUUGGAAGCUAUGGAAGAUUUUCAAAGAGUCAAAUUAAAGAGAUAGCUUUAGGGUUGGAGAAGAGUGAGAAAAGGUUUUUGUGGGUUGUUAGGAACCCAAUUGGGUAUGAAAGGAAAGAACUUAGUUUUGAAGAGUUAUUACCAAAAGGGUUUUUGGAGAAAACAAGGGAGAAGGGAAAGGUGGUAAGGGAGUGGGCCCCACAAGUUGAGAUAUUGAAUCAUGACUCGGUGGGUGCUUUUGUGACUCAUUGUGGUUGGAACUCAGUGUUGGAAGCAAUUACUUGUGGAGUUCCAAUGGUGGCGUGGCCUCUUUAUGCGGAACAAAUGUUGAAUAGGGUUGUUAUGGUGGAAGAGAUGAAUGUUGCUUUAACACUAAAAGAGAAUGAAGAUGGGUUUGUUAAGGCAAGUGAGUUGGAAGAGAUAGUUAGAGAGAUUAUGGAUUUGGAGAGAGGGAAAAAGGUUAGAGAGAGUGUUUUGAGUUUUAGAAAUGAUGCUUUUGUUGCCCUUGGUGAUGGUGGGUCUUCUAGGAUUCAUUUGAAUGAGUUGAUUGAGUUGUGGAGGCAAUGGUAUUACUUUUUUUGUUUCAUUGGUUUUUAGGUCAUCCUUUGUAUUUCAUAAAUUAUAGCAUAAGUAAGUUUUAGGUUGUCCUUUGAAAAUUAAACAUAGGUCUUCCACUACUUAUGUCAUAUUUAGAAAUUAAUAUAGCUUUUCAUUAUUUCCAAUUUUAA